CCGCAUCUGACGAAUACUGUGUAAAUGCAAUACAUCGCUGCUUGAUCGGUGACCAUCAGGCGCAGCUUCCAACGUGAGAUUAAUCCACCGUUAAAUCGUGACAAACAAUCGGUGUCAACGAUGGCAGCAGUCUUUGAUAUCGAGUUGCAAGAUGCUGAAAGCUUACUACCUCACAGAGACGAGUCGGAAGACGACGACAUUAUCGAGAUUAGUACGGUGGAGUGCGACGUUGAUCUAAACGUGAAUGAAAUGGUAAGGUCAGAUAGUGUGGAGACAGUCGCAAUAUCAGAACAAAAUGUUAAUCUUGGACGCGAAAGGGUUGGACCACAGGAUUUUGAGUUAUGUAAAGUUAUUGGAAAAGGCGGUUAUGGCAAGGUUUUUCAAGUACGCAAAACAACUGGAAAUGACAGUGGCACAAUCUUUGCUAUGAAGGUUUUACGCAAGGCUUCAAUUAUAAGAAAUCAGAAAGAUACAGCUCAUACUAAAGCCGAAAGAAACAUUUUGGAAGCUGUAAAGCAUCCUUUUAUCGUAGAUCUCAAGUAUGCGUUUCAAACUGGUGGCAAGUUAUAUUUAAUAUUGGAAUAUAUGUGUGGUGGUGAGUUAUUUCGACAUUUAAUCGCUGAAGGAAUUUUCUUAGAAGACACUGCAUGUUUUUAUUUAUGCGAAAUUAUAUUGGCUCUACAACAUCUUCACUUGCAAGGAAUUAUAUACAGAGAUCUAAAACCGGAAAAUAUUCUAUUGGAUGCAGAGGGUCAUAUUAAGUUAACUGAUUUUGGAUUAUGUAAAGAGCAUAUACAGGAGGGUACAGUUACACAUACAUUCUGCGGUACUAUCGAAUACAUGGCACCUGAGAUUUUAACAAGAAGUGGACAUGGGAAAGCAGUAGACUGGUGGAGUUUGGGAAGUUUAAUGUACGAUAUGCUAACAGGAUCUCCACCAUUUACUUCAGAAAAUAGAAAAAAAACUAUUGAUAAGAUUUUGCGAGGCAAAUUGAUUCUUCCACAAUAUCUGACUCCUGAUGCUAGAGAUCUUGUUCGGAAAUUACUAAAGAGACAAGUUGCACAAAGGCUAGGUUCUGGUCCAUCAGAUGGUGAGCAAGUAAAAGCUCACCGUUUUUUUAGACAUAUCAAUUGGGAUGAUGUAAUAUCUCGAAAAUUAGAACCACCGUUUAGACCAACGUUAGCCAGUGAAGACGACGUAUCACAGUUUGAUAAGACAUUUACCACUUCUGCACCAAUAGAUUCUCCAGCAGAAUGCACGUUAAGUGAAUCAGCUAAUAGGGUAUUUCAGGGAUUUACAUAUGUCGCUCCAAGUGUGUUAGAAGAUGUUAAUUCGCAACCACGAGUUAUAAAAGCUAGAAGUCCUCGUAAAGCGACUAUGCGAGGUUUCUCACCUCGAACCACGCAUUUUCCCUUUCACAAUACACAUUUACAAAGUCACAGGCACAGUGGAGUUGGCCACAGCAAUAUGGAAGAUACAGAAAUGAUCGAAAUAGGUUAACUAUUACUGUUGAACUAGUAAAUGCUUGAUAUUUUAAUCUAACUUAAUUGCUGGAUAUUCCAGGUAUGAUAAAUUCUGUUGUGUCUCAGGGAAGGAUUUUAUAACGUAAAGAAAAUAGUGUUAGAUCAUGGAUGUGAUAUCCAUUAUUACUUUAUUGGGUAUCCAGCAGUUAUAUUUAGCUAAUUUUUUUCUUUCUUAUUCUAUAUAUUGUGUAUAAUAAUAUUAAUUAAUAUUACACUUUAAUGGCGACGCAGCAGUUAUUUGCUAGCGUUUAAGAAGAUCGAGUGAUAACAAUUAAGAUGAACAGAUUGAAAGAUAAUCUGUAACGAAAUAUACUUUUUAUUUUAAUUAGUUGCACAAAUUUCAGUUCUGAGUAAACAGGUUUAUUAAAAAGAAAGUAUAUGCACACACACACACACACACACACACACACACACUUUGUACUGCUUUUUACAUUUACAACAUACGAAUUGAUAUGCGCGGUGUAUAUCGGAUAAUUUUGUGUGUGUGUGUGUGUGUGU